CAAUGGACGUAAAUUACAGGUCAUACAGUCCUAGAUUGAUUCUACCUUGGUUGAUGGUAGCCUGUUGCUGGGCAGGCAAGCGUCCAAGGAUCCCCAGAGACUACACUAUUAACGUUGCUUAACAGUAAUAGAUGGAUAUGCAUCUGACUCUUACCUUGCUUUUUUUGAUCGACAAAUGCGCUGUUAUUUCACAGUCAGAGCUGGCGCGCGUACAGGUUGCAUGAAGUCAAACAGCUACAACGUUACGGAUUUAUUUUCUCCCACACGCAGCCCCGGAAGCAGAAAUAUACCCUACUUGGGUUUUGUUUUGUUUGUUAGUGUCUGGAGUUGGAGAAGAGGUAGAGCGUGCAUGGGGAGUUGUACCUUGGGAAUGGAAGAUGAACACAUUUCUCUGAAUGUGUGUACGUGUAAAAUGCCGAGUUUUGUCAGCAGAUAUGACGAAGAGACAGUCUGCAAUCCAGCAGAAAUCCUUGAUAAAGUUGAGACAUCAGGCACAGAUUUUAUUCAAGAUGUCAGGGAAACAAAGAUCCAAACACCAGACGGUGACGGGAUUUUGGAGACGCACACACACAGGGUUGAGAGGACGGGUAGUAAAGAAAAUGUUGAGGGAUACAGUUUCAGAAAACCGACUGCAGUGGAUAUUUUGAGGAGGAAUUUCGGGACGACGAGAUCCCCUACGAAUUUCAAAAACAAUUCAGCAGAUGACCAAAAACACCCAGAGGAUGCCAUGGUAGAAAUAGUUUUAAAUGAACGAAUUGAUCAUGUGGACCUUGAAAAGUCAAGUGGCAGUGAAACGAAUGUAAAAGAGCAAAUCGCAGAUCACACAGAGGGAUUAACGUCAUCCGAUUUGAAUGAAGUUGAUGUAACAGAUUCUGACGAUAUUUGUGAACGUAGCAGGGCUGACGACGAUGUCGUACAGUUAAAGGAACAUGUUUACUGUACUGUAUACUGUAUUGCGAACGAUAACUACAGGAAACCGGCUGACAAUACCGGAGAACACCAAUAUAAUGGGGCGAUAUCUCCGUCAACAUCAAACGUCAUUACAAAGUCAUCCACAGAUUUGCGGCAGCAGAGCAAUUUGGAAAUGGGCCACCACACCGUUUCCGAUCCAUAUACGCUACCGAACCUGAUUGAUCCUAGAACUCUGAGCAACUUUUACAACGGGGAUUACAAUGAAUCAGUUGUUUUGGCAUGUCGCAUCUGUCUGGAAGACACACACAUAAAGCCGUUAUUUUGUUGCAAGAAGGCUGUCUGUGAGGAAUGCCUGAAAAUAUACAUCAUUUCACAGGUCAGGGUGGGCAGAACGAACAUAGUGUGCCCCAUCACGGAGUGCAGUGGUUACCUGGAGGAGAGCCUGUUGGUGUCCCACCUGGGCAGUGAGGAAGUGGCCAAAUACAAAUACUUCCUGGAGCUGAGCCAGAUUGAUUCUAGCACCAAACCCUGUCCCCAGUGCAGCCAGUUCACCUCGCUGAAAGGACACACCCCCAGCAGGGCAGAGCACAAAUACAAGAUCCAGUGCACAAAGUGCCAGUUUGUGUGGUGCUUCAAAUGCCAUGCCCCCUGGCACGAGGACCUGAAGUGCCGGGACUACAGGAAAGGGGACAAGCUGCUGCGUCAUUGGGCCAGCAUCAUCGAGCAUGGCCAGAGGAACGCCCAGAAGUGCCCCCACUGCAAGAUCCACAUUCAGAGGACGGAGGGCUGCGAUCACAUGAACUGCACCCAGUGCAGCACCAACUUCUGCUACCGCUGUGGGGAGAAGUACCGCCACUUGCGAUUCUUCGGGGAUCACACAUCCAACCUCAGCGUGUUCGGCUGCAAGUACCGCUACCUUCCUGAGAAGCCCCACCUCCGCCGGCUGGUCCGGGGGUCCGUGUGUGUGAGUAAAGUGGUGGUGGCCCCUGUUGUCAUAGCCCUGGUGGUGGUUGUCGGAGCAGUAUCCAUGGUCAUAGGACUCGUGGCCUUUCCUAUCUUCUACAUCUGUAAGAAGAGACGGCAGCGCACCCAGUGUACUGGCCGUUGGCACUGAGCUGAGGACCAUGGCAGUGUGGUCAGGACCCUGCUCCAGAUACGAAGCCCAGGGAGGGGACACAGGGAUUUGGGGGGAGGGUUGGUCUCCAUCCACAGCCUGAGAAGAGCAAUGCUUUACAGUGGCCUUCUCUCUACUGCAUGUCUACCACAACACUGUCUGUGGCUCCUCCUCCAGCCUGUGGAUCUAAAGGCUCACAGAGCAGUCUACUCCUGUUCCGCCCCACUUACCUCCACAGUGUCUGGGCUCCUAUAGCAUGGCUAGUGAAACAGAAACACAUUGUAUAGAAUGGGAAAGAGUUACUGAAGACGUGUGGGUGAGUCUAUCACCAUUCUUUUGCAGACCCUGAGCACCUGCAUAUUUAUGACAUUUUCAGGGAUUUUAUUGUGGUGCGUACAUACAGGUAACUACCAAAAUGAAGGAAAAACGUGAGUAAAUGAGGGAUACAAAGUACAGUGCA